UGUCAGUCAGACACCAUGACAGCUCUUUGGGGGCUCACACUUGUGGGCAUCCUAGCAAUACUUUCAGGAAAAGCUGACAGAACAUCAGCGCAAGAAUCAUGUAAAACCUAUGGGAGUGGGAUCACUCAGCCUCUUACAGGAGAAAAGUUCUACGUGCGGUCCGACUGUCCUUUCAACUUCAUUACCUUCACGCAUGACAAGGUGGACGUCAUAGUCACUCUGACUCGUGGAAAAAGUGGCCUCAUCAGCAGAGCUGUAAUCAAUGUGAACAAUGCCAAAAUCUCUCUGGAGAACGGUCACAUCAUUGUGGAGGACCAAAGCGUGUCUGUUCCUUACAACGACAUGUAUCGGCACAUCUUCCAGUAUGGCAUCUACACAAAGAUGAAGAGCAGGGUCCUGCCAGCAACUUUCUCCAUUUUAUGGCAAAGUUUUGGGAAUGAGAUCAGUUUAUUCUGGGUGGAGCUGGACACAUCUGAUAUCAAAGGCUUGACCGGCUUUUGUGAUGGUAACCCAGCAAAUGAUGUACAUCAAGCACAAGACUGUAAUGUCCCAAAAAUGUAUACACAGGACUCAUACCAGCCGCCGGUACCCUCUCCAGAGGUUGAUUGUAAUCCUUUGUCCUACAUGACAAGUUGUUUCAGUAAUUUGGAAUGGACAAUGAUACUUUGUAGGCACAAUGUCGACGGCUUUGACAAACGGCCAGAAAUUUACUGUCCAUUUUUUAAUGAAAUUGCCCACAACUGUUUGGAGUUUUAUUCUGAAAUCUCAGACUGGAGGAUUAAAACUAAUUGCCCUGAACCAACUUGCCCUGGAAACCUUAUAUUUCAAGAAUUUGGGCCCGCCUUCUCACCAAUUUGCUCAAGCUCACAGUCAGAUGUGGCAAAUUCAGAAAAUAUCACCACAUGUCUUUGUCCGCCAGGUACUGUUCUCAACGACCUGGAGCCUGGGAAUCUCUGUGUUGCUCCGCAAAACUGUCCCUGUGUCCACAACGGCCAAGUGCUUCCACAUGGUGCUGUUUUGGAUGAACGGUGUCAGACAUGUAAAUGUCAAGGCAGAGACUGGACCUGCGAGAAGAAGACGUGCCCCGCCAUCUGUACAAUCGAAGGACGAUAUGUGACCACUUUCGAUGGCAAAUACUACACCUUACCUGGGAUGUGUAAAUAUCAUGCUGAGGGGAGAUACUGGACUCUCUCAGUUUCCUUUUCUACCACAAGUUUUACUGUUAGCCAAGUUUUACUGAAAAUGUUUGAGACUACAUUUACCUUCUCCAUGGACGGUGUGCAAGCUGGUGAUAAAAACAUCAAAGAUGUCUAUCGCACCGAAAAUGUUACGGUAUUCUGGCAAAGUUCAGUGUUCGUUCAACUGCACGCUUCCACUGGGAUGAGUUUACAAGUUCGAGUUUCUCCAACAGUCCAGCUGUAUCUGACAUUACCAGCACAAGAGAAAGGCCAAACAAAAGGAAUUUGUGGAAACUAUAACGAUAUCACGACGGAUGAAUUCAUCUCCUUUACGUCAUAUCCUGAGAGCUCGUCGGAGGUGUUUGCGCAGUCCUGGGCUGAGCCAGGAUGCACACCUGAUCAUCAGAAAUGCACCAUCUCACAGACCCCAGCUGAAUGUCUGUACCUGAAAGAUCCAAAUGGAAAGUUUGCUGCGUGCCACAGCAUGGUAACAGUUGACAGUUUUGUUGAGGCCUGUGAGCAGAGACAGUGCGGCUGUUCCGGAAAUAAGGAAGAAUGCCUUUGUGUGGUGCUGGCCAACUACGCUCAGGCUUGUGCCAAACAGGGGGAAACAGUGGAGGACUGGAGGACAGUCACAAAUUGCACGACUAAGUGCAACCACAACCAAAAGUUUGAGUACAACAUGCAAGCUUGUAACCGUACCUGCCGCUCUCUGUCGGAGCCGGACCCCACCUGUGAGGGGGUCAGUGACCCGGUCGAGGGCUGUGGCUGUCCAGAGGGAACGUACCUCAGUGAAAACUCUAACUGUGUGCCCAGGAUAGAAUGCUCCUGUUACUAUGGGGGAAAGGUGUUUUCAGGCUCUGAGCCAGUGGAGGUCAAUGGACAAAAAUGCACAUGUGAACACGGAAAGCCUGUUUGCACGAAGAAACCAGAUUGCCCCGUACCAAAAACAUACGAGCACUGCUCUGAACUUCAAAGAACAUGUGAUGCCUUGACAAAACCUAUGACUGGGGACAAGCUCUGUCAGAGUGGCUGUUUUUGUCCAAAUGGCCAAUAUGAAGACCAUUAUGGCAAUUGUGUUCCACAUGAGAGCUGCAGUUGUGUGUCUGGUGAAAAAACAUACAAGUCUGGAGAUGUGGUAGAAGACAAUUGUAAAACAUGCACUUGCAAGGGUGGGAAAUGGACCUGUAGCUCCCAAGGAUGUCCCGGGAAGUGUCAGGUGUACGGGAAUGGACAUUAUAAGACCUUUGACUCCAAAUGGUACCACUUUGAUGGGCACUGUCAGUACACUUUGGUUGAGGAUGCCUGUGGCAGAUCCAGUGGGUCGUUCUCCAUCACGGCUGAGAGUGUUCCAUGCUGCGAUGCAGCUCUAACGUGUGCUCGCGUCAUUGUGAUCAAUCUUAAGGGUGAGGUUACACUGACACUUGAGGACAUGAAUGUGAAGGAGAACCUUCUUCAGCCACAGUCCUCUGAGAACGUGAUCCUGUACUCAGUCUACACUUUUGGCCUAUACAUUGAAAUAUCCAUUCCCAGUAUGGGCUUGACUGUCAUCUGGGACAAGAAUACCCGACUGACCAUCAUAGCUGAUGAAAUGUUGAAGCAAAAAGUGUGUGGACUGUGUGGGAAUUUUGAUGAUGAUGAGACAAACGACCUGCAAACACGGUCACUGGUUCAAGUGACCAACGCGCUGGAGUUUGGAAAUAGCUGGAAAACGACCACCCCACCCUGCUUAGAUGCUGUAAAUGAGACAUUUCCCUGUGAACGCUUCUCUUACUGUGCUGCGUGGGCAGAGCAUCGCUGCAAGGCCCUCAUAAUGGACACUUUCACAGAGUGUCACGGAAAGGUGGACCCUCAGUACUACUUGGAGGCUUGUGUGAAAGAGACGUGUUCCUGUCAGUUUGAGGGGAAGUUCCUGGGUUUCUGCACUGCUGUGGCAGCCUACGCAGAUGCAUGCAGUAGAAAGGGCACCUGUGUCAACUGGAGGACACCAGACCUGUGUCCGGUUUACUGCGACUACUACAAUGAAAACGAUGAGUGCAACUGGCAUUACCGAGCAUGUGGGCCCAGCCCAGAAUUACUGAUCUGUGGGAAGCCAUUUGAGAGCCUUGAAGGUUGCUACCCACAAUGUCCCCCGGAUAAGCCAUACUUUGAUGAGAACACAAGAAAAUGUGUGACGAGUUGUGAAACAUCUACUACAACAACUACCACAACAACAACAACAACGACUACAACCACAACAACACCUACUACAACGACAACAGAAACGACAACAGAAACGACUACAACACCUACUACUACCACAGAAACGACCACAACACCUACUACAACAACAGAAACGACCACAACACCUACUACCACAACAACAACAGAAACGACCACAACACCUACUACAACAACAGAAACGACAACACCUACUACCACAGAAACGAGCACAACACCUACUACAACAACAGAAACGACCACAUCUACUACAACAGAAUCAACGACCACACCUACUACCACAGAAACGACCACAACAACAUCUACGACAACAACAGAAACAACAACACCUACUACCACAGAAACGACCACAACACCUACUACAACAACAGAAACAACCACAACACCUACUACCACAGAAACGACCACAACAUCUACUACAACAGAAUCAACCACAAUACCUACUACCACAGAAACGACCACAACACCUACUACAACAACAGAAACAACCACAACACCUACCACCACAGAAACGACCACAACAACAUCUACUACAACAACAGAAACGACCACAACACCUACCACCACAGAAACGACUACAACAACAUCUACUACCACAGAAACGACCACACCUACUACAACAACAGAAACGACCACACCUACUACAACAACAGAAACGACACCUACUACCACAGAAACGACCACAACAUCUACUACAACAACAGAAACGACCACAUCUACUACAACAGAAUCAACCACAACACCUACUACAACAGAAACGACCACAACAACAGAAACGACCACACCUACUACCACAGAAACGACCACAACACCUACUACAACAACAGAAACGACCACAACAACAUCUACUACAACAGAAUCAACCACAACACCUACUACCACAGAAACUACCACAACAUCUACUACAACAACAGAAACGACAACACCUACUACCACAGAAACAACCACAACAACAUCUACUACAACAACAACAGAAACGACCACACCUACGACAACAAUAACAGAAACGACAACACCUACUACCACAGAAACGACCACACCUACUACCACAGAAACGACCACAACAUCUACUACAACAGAAUCAACCACAACACCUACUACCACAGAAACAACCACAACACCUACUACAACAGAAACGACCACAACAACAGAAACGACAACACCUACUACCACAGAAACGACCACAACACCUACUACAACAACAGAAACGACCACAACAACAUCUACUACAACAGAAUCAACCACAACACCUACUACCACAGAAACAACUACAACAACAGAAACAACCACAACACCUACCACCACAGAAACGACCACAACAACACCUACUACAACUACGACCACAACAACAACAGAAACAACCACAACCACACCGACUACAACAACGAAAACAACAACAACAACACCGACUACAACAAAAACAACCACUACACCUACUACAACAACGACCACAACAACACCUACUACGACAACAACCGUUUGUGUUUGUCCAGAAACAAGCAAGCCAAAAUGUCCUAGAGGACUCUUGAAACAAAUCUCUGAUGGGUGUUGCAACAGAUGGACAUGUGACUGUCGGUGUGAUGUUUAUGGAGACCCCCACUACAUCACCUUUCAGGGAACACCUUACGAUUUCUUUGAGAACUGCACUUAUAUCCUUGUGAAAGAGAAGAAGCCUCAGUACAACUUCCUUGUUGCUGUGGACAAUAGCUUCUACAGCCCAUUCUUUCUUGAGUCGUUUGUUAAAAGGGUCAUCGUGACAUAUAAUGAGAGCAAUAUUGUCUGUGACAUUUCAGCUAAUGACCCAAAAAUUGUGUGCACACUCAAUGAAGCCAGCAUAUUCCCCCCUACUGAGAAACAAGGAAUAAGAUUUCAGACAACUGGAGCUCAGGUUAUUAUGUACAUGGAUAAAAUCCGGUCAAGUGUCACAGUCACAAGCGAAAGAGGUGUUAUUGUGAAUGUGGCAAUGGAACACUUUGCUAAUAAUACUGAAGGACAAUGUGGUGUUUGUGCUGGAGGAUCCUGUGUGCGCAAAGGUGGUGCACUUGAGAAUGACAACUGUUGUCCACAGACAGCUUCCUCGUGGGUGUAUAAUGACCCUACUAAGCCUCACUGCCAACCAAGAGAAGCACCCUGUAUCCCACCAACAACUCCUAAACCUCAGUGUAAUGCAACCGGCAUCUGUGGCAUCCUCAAACAUAAAGUGUUCAGCUCCUGUAGAGAGAAGAUCAAUUCAACCAUCCUGGAUGACAUUGAGAAAAGUUGCAAGAUAGACAAGUGUUUAUCAAACAGCACAACCGAGAAAGGUCUCUGCUCAUCACUAAGUCAAGCGGCUGAAGUGUGCAGGGCAGCCAAUGUCUGUGUGGAGUGGAGAUACCUGACCAAUGGAAACUGCGAUAUAUCAUGUAGCAGUGGACUGAUCUACCAAGAGUGCAGGUCUAAGGCUGAUGACUAUUGCGAUUGCAAAAACCGUGUUAGUGGGAUGAGCUAUGACACCCCAUUGCCUGGGUGUUUCUGCCGUGAAAACAUGAUGCGGGCAGAAAAAUACAAAGAUAUGUGCGUCCCCCAGUGCACAACCUGCAAAGGUCCACUUGGAGAGCCCAAGCAGCCUGGUGAAACCUGGGAGUCCAAGUGCAACAUAUGCACCUGUAAUAACAUCACAAUGACAGAGGAGUGCACACCCAAACCCAAACCAGCACCUCCCACCUGCAAGGACAACGAGAUGCUGAUCACCUUCAACAGCACAGACUCCUGUCCCAUGGCAAUUUGCGUUGAGAAGACUUGUGAGUACAACGGGACAAAAUACAAGGUUGGGAGCCAGUGGAAAGGCAGCAGUCCUUGUGUGUCAUACAGCUGUCAGCCAGAUGGCAUUCGGAUUAGUGAGAGAGUUUGCCCGGCCCUGAAUUGUACAGAGGCGCUCAGGAAGUGGGACGACCAGAAGUGCUGUUACACCUGCUCAAACCUCAAUGAGACAUGCCCUAAGAACAUCUGCAACACAUGCUGCUUUUCAUAGCAAAUUGUGCCGUAAUGUAAACCUGCAGUGCUCUGAUCAUAUAAUGUCCCUCUGAUUCUGACACUUCUUUCCAUACAUACAUGUGCCAUUCCUGUGUGUGUCUGGCAACAUCAUACCUGUUAAAGUUACCUUUCACUUGGGAUUUUCCCAAAUGGCUUUAUGUUCUUCUGGUUUCCAUAUAUAACUGAGAAAAAUCAAUCAAGAUUGGAAUAACUGAAAUAGCAUAUUGUCACUGACGAGUUUUCUAAUUUCUCUUGUGGUGGUGGAACUCAUUGAAUCUUAUUGGUUUAAUGUGAAAUGAUUAAAUGAUCUUUGCA